UCUGGUGUCUCAGUGAGUGCCAGGCAGGGUGUCCCUGGAGUGACCUUGGGGGGUAAUGAGCUCCUGAUCACGAGUCAGGAAACCCGGCAUUCAACACCCACUCCACCACCCUCCCCUCACCCCAUGCAACACACACAAAAAAGAAAAAGAAAAACUACACAGCUAUCGCAUGCUCAGCCCACAAAGAGAAAUAGUAUUGGAGAGACAAGGCAGCAGGGCAGAGGUGCAGAUGAAAAGAGACUAGAGAAACUACUUCUUCAAGCUCUGAUAUACAACUACCAGACCUCCAAAAUAAAAAUGACUGGACAGAAGCACUUGACACGGGUGGCUGUGAUGGCACUUCUGGUGCUAACGGUGAUGGCAGCUGAAGGAGGCAAAGCAGAGAAACAAGGAAAGAAGGAGCGCAAGUCGGACUGUGGGGAGUGGCAGUGGAGUGUGUGUGUAGCCAAUGAAGGGGACUGUGGACUUGGUACCAGGGAGGGAACGCGUACUGGCACUGACUGCAAGCAGACCAUCAAAACCCAGCGCUGCAAGAUCCCCUGCAACUGGAAGAAGAAGUUUGGAGGGGAAUGCAAGUAUGACUUCCAGGCUUGGGGGGAGUGCGAUCUGGCGACGGGCAAGAAGAACAGGACGGGCACGCUGAAGCGAGCGCUCAUGGAUGCGACCUGCGCAGCCACUGUCACAGCCACCAAGCCCUGUGGGAAAAUCCCCAAGACCAAGCUGCAAGAUGCAAAGAAGCAAAAGAAGGAAGGCAAGAAGCGAGAUCGCACCCAAAUGGACUGAUGAGGUGGUUUGUCCCAGGGAGGAAGGAAGAAAAGGAUGGAAAGACGUCCACUGCCCUAUUUCAACACGGUUCCUCUUUGUAUGUCCUGUAGGUUGACAAUAGGAGCCUAUAGAGCUUUGACAAAAUCAGUGGAAAUAUGACUUUUAGUGACAAAGUUGUUUUACUUUUUCUUCUUUCUAGCACCUGAUAAGAAACAACUUGUGUGUUGCAAUAGGAAAUAUAAUACUCAGCGGUAGGGACAAAUAAUGAAUAUGAAAGAGAUUUGUUUACUAGUGUUUACCUAAUGAUGUAAUUUCUAGGAUUAUUUUCUUAAGAAUAAAUUGAAUAGGAUUUGUUUUACAGUUGCAUAGCCUAACUCUAAUUUGGAAAACUCUUCCAUGUCCCGACUUAAUGAAGCAGCUUGCUAAAAGUGAAGCUCUAAACAUCUUCACUUAAUUAAUUUGAGCAAAAAGUUGUGCAUUUGCAAUUUUUAAAGUGGCUCAAGUUCAUAGAACACUUUUCCUCAUUACUCUGUGCUAUAUGAUAUUUUUCUUUUAUUUCCAGUAAGAACAAAUAUAAGCUAGUUCUUUCUGGAGGCUGCAUGAAAUAGCUACUGUACAAGUGUGCAAACUAUAAUUGUUUUUAGUUUGUUUUCCUUCUGCUGCUCUGUUGUACCUCAAUUUAUACCCACUGAUUUUUACUCUCCACCUCUCCACUGUAAAAAAAUAAAAAAAAUAAAUAAAAAUGAAUAAAGUCCUUCCUAUUGUAGGCCUCAGA